AGAUCUGUUUUCCUUCUCUCUUCGGAUAACACAGCCUUCAAACCCAGGCUCAGCGCUAAUAGCUCCAGUUUGACCCAGCCUGCCACAUAUUGGAUUCCAGAGCAGCCUGAGAUGAUAAAGCGACUAAUUACUUGUUUUGCUAAAGGCUUCAAAACUGUUAUUUUGCUGUCGGCCAUAAUUGGAGCAGCAGGCUGGUAUUAGGGCCCAGAUAGAGAUUGUGGCAAGCUGAUAAAAAGCAGCUGAGGGUCAGAUAUCUUACAGCCGGGCUCCUGCUGGUCCUCAUUCAGGGGUUGGGACCUCAUUUGCUGGGUCAAGGCUUUCAGCAGUGGGCUGAGAUUAACAGAAGACCUCGAAAGCACACAGAAAUUCCACAUUUGUCACACUGCUCCCAUGUUUAGAUAUCGCGAUGUGAACAAUGGAGACUCAGAUGAUCCAGUUUGCUGCAGGGAAGCCAGCCGAGGCCGAGGUCAGUCAGUCAGAAAAAAAGAUGCAGAACCUUUUCAUUCAGUUGAUAUUUGUUUGAAAGUAAGUAAAUAGCUCUGAUAUUAUGUGGAAUGUAAUUGAAAUUCCAACGCCAACAUUUUCUGGAUCUGUAAGGACAGUUCAAACUGGAUGAGGUCCAUCCGAAUUCCACUGGAUCCAGACUGAGACCUACUUCAUGCCAAAUUAAGUAUGAUGAUAGGUACCAAGGACAACAGUGCAAACAGGGAGACAGCUUCCAUCUCUCCCCCUCUUGUCAUCCUUUGUUCCAGAUCGCAAGUAUUAAUACCUGGAGCAUCAAGGGUUAAAGGUGGUUUUGUAGUUUUAGGUUCUUUUCAGUAAAUUGGUACAUUUUACACAAACUUUCAACACAAAUUUCACAAAACGUGCAGCUUUACUUUAGAAAAUCAGAUGAGAUUUUGCAUCAUUGCAUGACGUACAUGUUUUGGAGCAAAAGCAAAGGCAUGUAAACGGCUUGUUUUUGUCUUGACGGUGUUUAGUGCACAUGCACGAGGAGACCUCCUGCUCUUGCUGUGCUCUGCAAUGCAGAGCUUAGUCCAUGACUGAACCCAUGCUGCUAUGUGCCAGGUCCCUGCAGGAGGGCCAGGCUUACUGUCAGCCUGAUGGAGAUUAGAGCAUAAAGUUUCAGCGGAGGAGGGCUCCACAGACAAUUAAGUGAGAGAGAUCGACCUGCGAACAAGUGGGCACGUUAUGUUUACAGUGUUUUAAAGGCCAGCAUAAGCUGAUCUGGAGGUUUGCAUUACACACAAGGAUUAAUAACCAAUAACGACAACACACUAAUAGGAUCUGCACCUCUGAGUAGAUCAAUAAAAAUAGAACAAUCCUCCAAGGAAGGAGAUUCCCUCAGUCUCACCUCACCAUCCUCACAACAGGCUGCUUUUUGUGCUGGAGUCGGAUGUUUUCAUGAUUUUCAAGCUUGAGAAAAGAUGAGGAAACUAGUUCUUGAGCUGUUCUGCAUCACUGAAGCUCUGCUUUGUGCCGCUGAGCCUCUUCUGCUGAAUGAGGCCCGCCUGAGAAAUCUGUCGGCGGCCGGACAAAGGUACAUCGAUGAAGAAAUAAAGCAGAGUUUACUUGGAGUGAUGCAGGUGAAAGAGAAAAUGGAGGGGAGAGAAGAGAAGCACAGGCACCUGAUGGACGCCCUGAGACUCAGCAGUGAAAAGAAGAAGGGAGCCGCUCACCUGGCCAAAGAAACAGAGGGGAAACUCAAGGAAGCUGAAAAACAUUGUCAAGAUUUAAGCAGAUCUUCCUUUGAGAAGUGCCGACCUUGUCUGGAAGACAGCUGUAGAGGCUUCUACACUUCCACGUGUCGCCGCGGCUUCGCCUCUUUCUCCUCCAAGAUGGAAGACUUCUUCAGGAAAAUGAGCCUCCAGCUGGAAGCAAAAGAGCGUGUCGACAGUCAGCAGCAGGAGGAUUCGAGCGUGGCCCCCUCAGCUGACAAACGGCUCACAGAAGAUGGAGACGACCUGGAGCUCCAGCAGGCCGAAGCGUCGUUCAGUCAGCUGCAGUCAAAUGUCAGCGUGUUGUACAACGGCAGCGUCGCUCUGAUCAGGAAGACUCAGCAGGUGUCUGACCGCUCCUUUCUUGCAGCCUUCGCUGCAGAGCCCCAAAUCAGCUCGCAUUCAACCACACAAGGUGGCCUGAGAGCUUUCCUCUUCAGGUCAGCGGGUUUGGACCGCAUCCUUGACUCAGUGUAUGACUUUGGAAAGAAUGUUCUGGAGGAUUUCAGCUCCACUGUGGCUGAAGUGUAUGAAGGAAUACAAGAAGCUGAAGAAUCUGUUCAACAGUCCACCUCGGGAUUACUCUCUGCCUGGCAGUAUUCAAGUGGAAAUCUGUGCCGACAGCUUCGCAGACAAGUAUCAGAGUGCUGGCAGCUCCAAGGCUUCUGCGAGGCCUGCGAGGACCGUCUAUUAAAAGAGUGCUCCGGCGUGCAGCAGUUGUACGCCGAGCUGGAGCAGAUGUCCAUGCUGCUGAACGCCUCCCGUCAGCAGUACGGCGAGCGGCUGCAGCUGGUCCGGAGACACACGGCCGACACUCGGAGAUGGCUCGGCCUCGUGGACGACGAGCACGGCUGGGUCAGCCAGCUGCCCGGCAGCACGGCGGAGCCAACCAGCAGCUUCAGAGUGAUUACAGUAAAUCCACAGCAGCAGACGAUGGGUAACAGGUCUGGAGCAGACACCAGUGUGGUUGUCUCCAUAUUCGACUCGUCCCCGCUCACCAUCUCGGUUCCUGCAGAUCUGGACGUGGAUGAACCAGCUUUCAUCCACUUUGUUGCCGAAGAGGCUCUCGCGACUCUUAAACAUCAAAUGAGAGGAAUGAGCAACUGUGAGGAUCCCAGCCUACCAGCAGUUUCUUUAGAUGAUGAAUGAAGAGUUUUGCACAAUUAUGAAAUAAAAAGGUUACUAUCACAGUUGAAAUGUCU